AUAGGCUGACUUUUCUACCCUACCCCCUGGAUCUCUAUUUUUGUAAGUCUGUGCAGAAUGGGGCCUCUCUUCCAUGGCUGCUGAGCUUCCCGCUUUCUCCACUCUAGAGGAAAAGCUGGUGUCUAGGGUGGAGGGGAAGGGAGUGCAACCACCAAGUGACAUAGCAUGAACUUUGCUAUCAUUAUAAAUAUUUAUUAACAGGUCCUGUAAAAAACGAGGAAGAUGCUGAAGAUUUGCUGUUCUCUCCUUCUCUUAAGUUUGCUCAGUGGACAAAUCAAUGCCAAUCCUGGACUCAAAGUGAGGAUCACACAGAAGGGCUUAGAGUAUGCCAAGGAGGUUGGGCUGGAAAUCCUGAAGCAGAAUAUGGAAAAGGAGCAUUUCCCUGAUUUGACUGGCCAUGAGAAAUUUGGGCUUGGUAAUGUCAAAUACAACAUCUCAGGGAUACAUGUCACUGCUGUUGAAUUACCUAGUGGUUCCAUCUCCCUCCUACCUGGGUCUGGGAUAAAACUGGUGAUAGGAAAUGCUUCUCUAACCAUCGACAUGAACUGGAACAUAAGGACCUGGAUGUUCAAAGACAGUGGAAGAAGCACAGUGCACAUUUCCAAGGUGUUUGUCACUGCAAUCUUUUCAAUGCCUCAGGAUAAUACAAGUCCUACGUCAAUAUCCCUUACCAGCUGCCGGACAACUUCUGGUGACAUAGAUAUUAAGCUGAAUGGAAAAAGUGGCUUCCUGCAUAACUUCUUUAUCAAGUAUCUGAAGAAACCUAUUCACAGGAGCUUGGUCACUAAUUCAUGUCCCAACAUCAGAGCUGGGAUCCAGUUGAUAGAUGAAGACCUCCGAUCACUGAAUGUUGUAAUGCCUAUUGAUGACUUGGCUGAAGUAGACUACUCCUUAAGUAGCUUGCCAGCAGUAUUCCAACCAUUCAUUGACCUGGACUUAAAGGGCACAGUCUUCCCAGCUGGAGACUAUACUGGCUCUCCAUACGUGGUAGCUCCCUUCAGUGUUACAGACCAAAGUGACUCCAUGCUCCUCCUGGCCUUCUCUGAGUACUUUUUUCAGACCUCCUCAUUUGCUUACUACACCGCAGGGGCCUUCAACAUGACCAUUGCAGAGGAGACUUGCAGCUAUUUUAAUAUAAGCACGGAGAUAUUUGGCAGUAUCAUCCCUGAGGUAGCCAAAUACUCAGUUACACCCUACCCAGUAAUGUUGAAGCUAAUGGCUACUGAAAUACCUGUCAUCAGCUUAGAGCAGGAUUCCUUCACAGUAGAGAUUCAGGGCUCCAUGGAGGUGUUGGCUGUUCUGCCAGACUCAACCACCCAGUCGCUGUUCACAAUGAACGUAGCAGCCAACAGCAGCAUUUCUCUGAAUAUAUUUGAUCAGAAACUGAUGGGCUCACUAUGUUUGAACAGGCUCCAGUUCUCCCUAGCCCACUCCAAUGUUGGUUUUUUCGAGAUCUCACUUCUGGAGAAUAUCCUGUCUUACAUUUUACAGACUGAAGUAAUUCCAUCAGCUAAUGCUAAACUGUCAAAAGGAUUCCCUCUUCCCAAUCUGGCCAAUGUUACCUUGACAAGACCUCACAUAACAAUUGCACAGGGAUACAUAUUGAUUUCGACUGAUGUCCACUACAAACACUAAAGGACAAGAGAGACCAUUUGUUAAGCAUGAACUUCAAAUCAAGUCAAUAAUGUGACUCUGAAGACUAAACAAUGUCCACUUCUGCUGAAAUGUGUAACUUGAGCUCUGACAAGGGCAAUGUCAUCCUGGUUGGGGGCAAGGAGGGAAGCAAAAAAAGCUGAUGGAAUGGUUUGCUGGUAUAAUGGUGGUAGCAAACACAGCCAAGGGAGAACAUGGGACACAUGCUUGACGUUAUUUAUUCUGGUGUUUAAUUGAUGUAAAAAUGUUUUUAAGAUUCAUGACUCUCUUGAAAUACAGUUUUGUCUACACACAGAAAAGUGCUGCAGUCUCUUAAAAGAAGGAAAAGUACAUUGUCAAAAUACUGCUAAGGCAGAUACGACUGCUAAUCUGUUUUUAUGGUAACGAUCUUAAACACAUCCCUUCUGUUCCUGAUGCAUGAAAUAUAGAGUGAGCCCUCUCCACAACCAUGGAAUUAUCAUACUGGGAACUGUCCCAAUUACAACAAGAACUAAAAUCUUUGCAGUUUCUUAACUGCAAUCUUAAGAUGCAGAAGCAGUUCAGGAAGAAAGAUGAAGUAGCACUACUACUGCCUUUGAUAGUCCCUCUCUCUCUGUGACUCUUCAAAUCCUUGUGCCUGUCACACCCCCACUUUAGUGCUGCAUAGCCAGGUUAGAUAUACUUAAUUCUUCCAAUGUUUCUAGGUAAGUCCUAAGUCUAAUUCUCCAGCAUCUGUCAAUAUUUCUCUGGAUUGAAAUA